AGGGGUAGAAACAAAGAGGACUAGUCAGUUAGCUAUGUAAUAAUGCUGCUGGUAAUACAAGGUUGGGCAGUGACAUUCUCUGAUGAUGGAUGUGAAAGAAAGAACGAGAAUUCAAACAGCCCAUAUCACGAUUUCUGCAACCAACAUGGUGUCUAGCAUCUUCUCAUCAUUCACACUCUUUCUUUUUCUUAGUUCUUGGAUGUGCUCGGCCAGGGAUAACAUGACAUCGUCCACUACUCCACUCAGGGAUGAAAUGGGAGAUACUCUUGUUUCUUCUGGAGAAAGAUUUGAACUUGGAUUCUUUACUCCACAUGGGAGAAAUGAUGGCAAGAAAUACCUAGGCAUCUGGUAUUACAGAUACAGCCCUCAAACUGUUGUGUGGGUUGCUAACCGUGAAAAUCCACUUGAUAAUUCCAGGGGAGUUUUUUCCCUCGGACAAGAUGGAAACCUCCAGGUGAUGGAUGUAAAUAAUAAAUCUCACUGGUCCGCAAGGAGAGAAUCAUCAUCAUCUUCAUUUUCUUUCAGUGGGAGCUGGUUGAAGCUCAUGGAAUCCGGGAACUUAGUCUUGAUCCAAGAAGCUGCAAAUGGUUCAGCGAUAUUGUGGCAAAGCUUUGAUUAUCCAACUGACACAUUUCUUCCUGGAAUGAAGAUGGACAAGAACUUUAUGUUGACUUCUUGGAAGAGUCCCAGUGACCCAGCAGCAGGAGACUUCAAAUUUCAGCUUGAUGAAAGAGAAAACCAGUACAUCAUCAUGAAGAACGGAUCGAUUCCGUACUGGAAAAGUGGAGUUUCAGGAAGUUUUGUAAGAUCCGACGAAAGGCUCUGGCUUGUUUCUAACUUGCUCAUGAAUUCCAGCAGGAAACCAAGCAGACCUCUUGGGAACACAACUACAAAUGGAAAUCCUUAUAAUAAAAUAAAUUCAACAGCUGUGAAUUAUAACAAUGCAAGACUGGUGAUGAAUUUCGAUGGGCAGAUACAGUUUUUCCUCUGGAGAAAUGCGAAUUGGACUUUGAACUGGCGGGAACCAAGUGAUCGAUGCAGUGUAUUUGAUGCUUGUGGGACUUUUGGCAGCUGCAAUAGUAAAAAUAGGAUUCCUUGCAAGUGUUUGCCAGGAUUUCAGCCCAGGUCUCCCGAUAAUUGGAAAUUAGAAAACUUUUCAGAGGGGUGUGAAAGAAUGUCACCUUUGUGCAGCAACGAUGUGGCUCCGAAGUUCUUGGAGUUAAAAUCGAUGAAAGCAGGAAAGCCUGAUGCUGAACCUGACUACUCAGAUGAAAAUGACUGUAUGAACAAGUGCCUUAGCAAAUGCGACUGCCAGGCAUAUUCUUAUCGUAAGGCUGUAAAGGGGGAUAAUAAUUUUACAUGCUGGACUUGGUUUAAGGAUCUCAACAACAUUCAGGAGCAGUAUGAUGGGGGUCGUGACCUCAAAGUCCGUGUGCCACCUUCAGCAAUAGCAUCGAUGAAAAGAAAAUGUGAGAUUUGCGGCACUACCAUGAUCCCCUACCCGCUAAGCACGGGACCAAACUGUGGCGAUAAAAUGUACUUCAGGUUCCACUGUGAUGAUUCCAUUAGCCAGCUUAUGUUUGAGGUACCUGGUGGUGUCUACUAUCGUGUAACUGGCAUUGAUGAAGAGUUGCAAAAAUUUUCAAUAGACGUUGUCGAUGCAGAUUGUACAGCUAUCGAGUUGAUGGGAAACUAUAUGCAGCAGCACAACCAGUCCUGGCCAUUUCAUGUAAUUGGAAGAUGCGACGCUAACCGUAGUAAUGUUAUAUUAGGUUCUUCAUUUGAAGAUACAGGAUUUGCUGAAGUUGAAAUCGGGUGGACUGAUCCAUCUGAACCACUCUGUUACCCACCCGAUGAAUGCAAUGACUGGCCACAUUCAACCUGCAGUCCUGCAAGAGAUGGGAAGAAAAGGUGCCUUUGCAAAAAAUCCUUUUGGUGGGAUCCCAAAACGGUCAGUUGCAUUCCAGCAUCUACAAAGAAAAGGAGGUCAUUAUAUCUAGUUUUACUUGGAGUUGUUGCAGCUUCUGUAAUCAUCCUAUGUGCUUCCUUCUUUCUGUAUCAUUUGCGAAGAUCAACGAAGGUUACUGGUCGAGAAAACAGAGAAAACAAUCAGGGGAAUGUAGCAUUUCACUUGAAUGACACAGAGAGACGACCCAGGGAUUUGAUAUAUGCUGACCAUUUCACUGUAGAUGAUAAGAAAGGCAUAGAUGUACCAUUUUUUGACAUGGAAUGCAUACUAGCUGCUACAGAUAACUUCUCGAGUGCAAACAAGCUAGGACAGGGGGGUUUUGGGCCUGUUUACAAGGGAAAGUUACCGGGAGGCCAAGAAAUAGCUAUAAAAAGACUUUCUUAUGGUUCAGGGCAAGGCUUGGAGGAAUUCAAGAAUGAAAUUACAUUGAUCGUCAAACUUCAACAUCGUAAUCUUGUUAGACUUUUGGGAUACUGUGCAGAAGGAUGUGAGAAAAUGUUACUCUAUGAAUACAUGCCAAACAAGAGCUUGGAUGUCUUCAUAUUUGAUCGGACGCUGUGCGUGUUAUUAAAUUGGGAACUGCGCUUUAACAUUAUCAUGGGAAUCGCUCGAGGACUGCUUUAUCUUCACCGCGAUUCAAGGCUGAAGAUCAUUCACAGAGACUUGAAAACAAGCAAUGUCCUCUUAGAUGAGGAGAUGAACCCCAAAAUUUCUGAUUUCGGCUUGGCAAGGAUCUUAAGAGGCAAACAAACAGAGGCAACUACACAGAGAGUAGUUGGGACUUACGGCUACAUGGCACCGGAGUAUGCAAUGGAUGGGGAUUUCUCAACGAAGUCUGAUGUCUUUAGCUUCGGUGUGGUUGUACUUGAAAUUCUCAGUGGAAAAAGAAAUGCGGCAUUUUACAAGUCUGAUCAAAAUUUUAGCCUCUCAGCUUAUGCCUGGAGGUUGUGGAAAGAGGAAAAGGUACUGGAUUUGAUGGACCGAGCAUUAUGCGAUACUUGUGACGCAAAUGAAUUUGUGAGGUGUGUGAAUGUUGGCCUCUUAUGUGUGCAAGAACAUCAAUGGGAUCGUCCCACCAUGUCAAACGUACUUUUCAUGCUUGGAAGUGACACUGCAUCUCUACCAACUCCUAAGAAACCAGCAUUUGCAGCAAGCAGAUCCCUCUUCAACACUGCUUCUUCUUCUAGCAAUGCAGAUUCAUACGUCGAUUUAACAAAUACGUUAGAGCAAGGAAGAUAAUUGGGGGAAGGGGUUAGAAAAUGUUGUUCUACCUCUAUGUCAAUCUAGCAGGGUUUGCCGCACUUUCCAAUAUAAAUCUGCUGUUUUUGUCUAUCUUGUCCCAUUAACUCAGAGCCCUUCACUGUCUUAAAAGUUUGUCAUUCAUUCUGAUCAAAUAAUUUGUAUUGAGAUUACAUAAAAGCCAGAAUAAUGUUUUGUAUGUGUACCUGACAGUAACAGGCAUGAAAGAGUGCCAAUGGAAGCAACUAUAUUGUGCAGGA